AUGCUUGUUGUUGUUGUGACUUAUCUUACUCGUCUGACAGUGCCAUCAGAACAAGCGCACGAAAUUCCUCAUUGCAAGAAUUGCAAGACUGCUACUGUGGCUGGCAAGAGCCUUGAGCACCAUACAGGUCAACAGCAAUACUUCAGGGUCAAACCACAAAAUACUGCAGUUGUAGAAGGACAAACCAUCGAACUGCAAUGCAGAAUCGGAAAUCAAGCUGGAAGUGUUCAAUGGAGCAAAGAUGGUUUCGUUCUGGGUUUCGACAGAAUGAUACCAGGAUUUCCUCGGUAUAUGAUGGAAGGUAGCGGUGAGGAUGGUGUUCAUGAUCUUAGGAUAGAGAAUGCGCAACUAGAAGACGAUGGAGAAUACCAGUGUCAGGUUGGACCAGCUGGAGAAAAUAAAGCCAUACGUGCUGAUGUAAACCUUACCGUCCUAAUGCCGCCUGCGUCAAUUUCAAUAUCACAGCAUCCUAAUGGCAGUAUAGUUGAAGUAUUAGAAGGCGAGACUUUGGCUUUAAAAUGCAUUGUAGCCGGCGGCAAGCCAGCAGCUGGCAUACGAUGGCACAGGAAGGGCAUUGAAUUGAGGCCAGAUAACGUUCUAUACAAAACUGAAGCAGUGGACGAACACCGUGAAAAUGCAAUCAGUACUAUCACGCUGACUCCAACACCAGACGAUAAUGGAGCUUUGUACAGCUGCGAAGCAGUACACAGAGCUCUAAGUAUACCUAUGAUAUCAUAUAUUGAGCUAAGUGUAUUAUUUCCCCCUGGCCCACCUGAAAUAGAAGGCUAUGUAGAAGGUGAAACAGUUCGAAUGGGUGACACGCUGACAUUGGCCUGCGUCUCCCGUGGUGGGAAUCCUCUGGCAAAACUAGUCUGGUACAGAAAUGACCAGCAAGUUGACGUUACGUAUACCACAACUGGCAGAGAAUCUACAAACACAUUGACUUUUGUUGUUGAAUCAAAUGAUAACAAUGCCAUUUAUAGAUGCGAAGCCACUAACUCGGUCAGCCUCAAACCGAUGAUUGCUAUGGUCAAGCUUACAGUCCAAUUCGCUCCGAGUAAGGUCACUCUCGUGGGUCCAAAAGAGGCGCAAGAAGGAGAUACGGUGACAAUGUUUUGCACGACGGACAGAAGCAAUCCUCCUGCAGAUGUUUCAUGGGUUGUUGAAGGACGUUCCGUGCAAGCUGCAACUAGUAUCACAGCAGAUCCUCGUGGUGGAUGGAUUACUACUUCCAAUGUUACCUACACAAUAAGUGGACAUGAAAGAAAUAUGAAAAUGUUUUCUUGCUACGCAGUUAACAAAGCGCUUAGUGAAACCUUGGUAGAAUCAGCUGUGGUUAGCGUACUAUAUCCACCAGAACCACCUUCUAUCAUUGGAUACACAGAGGGAACCCCCAUAGAAACUGGUCAGACUCAACAAAUGACUUGCAUUUCGCAAGGAGGAAACCCUCUUCCAAAUCUUAAGUGGUUUAGAAAAGAUAAAGAGCUCGUUUCUUCCACAACGACCAAUAACAACAUUGUUUCAGCAGAAUUAUCGAUUACAGUUGAUGAUAACGACAACGGCGUGGAAUAUCGAUGCGAAGCUUCUAACUCUGCAUCGAAUGUGCCAAUGUUUGCCACGACGAGACUCACUGUUUACUUUCCUCCAUCUGCAGUCAACAUCAAAAUUAAACCAAAGAGGCCGAAAGCAGGACAGAAAGUUACUCUCAUAUGUGAAUGCGCAAGCAGCAAUCCGCAAGCCGAGAUAACGUGGUGGAAAGACGGAUUUCUUAUUCAAGGGACACCAGAUGGAGUAUUCGAUGCACCUAAUGGUGGUCGGUCGACAAAGAACAUUCUGCAACUAAAUGUCUCUGCUGAGGAUGAUGGCGCAGUUUAUACCUGCCAAGCUACGAACACCGAAUUGAAACAAAGUGCACAUGAUGCAGUCACAAUAAACGUUCUUUACAAACCUGUUUUUGAAACGAAGCCAUUGCAACAGUAUGAUGUUAUUGAAGGUGAAUCCACAAUUAUUAACAUAUCAGCGAGAGGGAAUCCUUCGUCCAUCAACUAUUCUUGGAGUAAAGCCAGCAGUUCCACAUCCCAAAUGCCAGCUGAUUCCAAUGAUGUUGCUAUCACCUCUGUACUAGCUACCGGACCUCUGUUCAACAUGACCAAUGUAAGAAGGGAUCAAGCGGGACAGUACAGGCUAGAAGCAAGCAAUGAGGAAGGCAGUAGCUUUGUGACGGUUGUAGUCAAUGUUUUAUAUGCUGCUUCAAUCAGCAUGGCAACGGAAGUUGCUAUGGUUGAUCUCGGCUCCAAUGCCUUCCUCGAAUGCCAGGUUGAUGCGAAUCCCCUCAGCGAUGACGUCAUCCGGUGGCAGAGGAUGAACUUCGACAUGAGCCGGACAAGGCAGAGUAUAGAAAACGGACGCUCUUACCUCAUCAUCAACAACGUGACCAGAGAAGAUUCCGGGAUUUUCCUUUGUGUGGCCGACAACGGCAUAGGCAAUGAGGCCCAGAAGGCUUCAACCCUUGUGGUCAAACAUAAACCUGUCAUUGAACGAUCUGGUGCUUAUUCGAAAGCAGCAGGAAGUGAAGGAGAGGAUGUCCGAAUAGUCUGUCGCGCAACUGGCGCCCCUAAUGUUUCGUUUACAUGGUUUAGAGAUGGAUCAACGAUCGGAGGAUCCAAAAAGCCCUCAAAGUAUGAUAUUAAAAGCCGCCAUCUUGAUUUCAUAUCCUAUGAGUCCGUGCUGACCGUCAAAGAUCUCAAAACUCAGGAUUUUGGAGACUAUGAAUGCAUUGCCAAAAAUGACCUCGGAUUUGAGAGCUUCAAAAUACCCCUUGGUCGUAAAUCUGUUCCUGAUCCACCGACAUCUUUAUCAGUCAUUAAUGCUACUCAUAAUGCUGUUAUUUUAACAUGGACGCCAGGAUUUGAUGGCGGUUUGGAUCAGAUGUACCGGAUUCAGUACAAAAAGGAAGGUUCAGCAGAUGGUUAUCAUGUCGUUGAUGUAGAUGUACCAAACGCUACCAUCUUCACUGUUAGCGGUUUGGAGCUAGGAACUGAAUAUAUAUUCGGUAUUAUGGCUUUUAACAGUCUUGGUGGAAGCAGUUACUUGCAAGACGCCGCUUCAGCUGUUACGUUAAGCGAAGCACCCCUCGGAGAAACAGAAAAAGUGAUAGACGACUCUCUGGUCGGCAAGGGGGACAUACCUCGUAUGAUCAUCAUCACUGUUUCCGUCGUGGGCUCCUGCUUGCUGGUGCUGAACAUCGUUCUUGUGAUCUGCUUCGUCAGGAAGCGCAGGAAGAAGAGAUUAGAAGAAGGUAGGGCAUCUGCAGAAGGAGAUCAGCAAUUGUGUCUUUUCUCCAUGGUGCUGCAGAGGUUCACAAAGAUUUGUCAGAAAAGUGAUCAUUCCAGCAGCAAGGCCGCAACCAUAGAGAUGUACGCUCCAAGUAGUUAUAACGAAGGUCUAAACGGGGAGAGCCUUAGCUGUAAUUCGGAAAAAAGUGAUAACUAUUCGGACGGACACAGCGCCGGGGGAUACUCGGAGGAACAAGUGAAAUCUGAAACUACCGCUUAUAUAACAUCACAUGGAGAUGGUACAUACAUCCCUGAUACUUCCAUGCCUUAUUAUUGUCCGUACCCAUAUCCAGACCAAGUGAACCUGGAGGACAGAUACGAAAGAAGUGGAGGCGUGCCAAAUAAACUUCUGUAUGGAGCAGAGGAUGAAUUUUAUACAAACGCUCUGAGAAGGAACGCUUACAACUUAAAACUCGGAGAAAGACCCGAUAAUUACGAGAAAGGUGUAUAUCCUCCUCCUCCACCCGGAAGAACAGCAGCUAGUGGUGCAGAAGUCCACUACACUCCUGACACAGAAGACCGUCAUUUUGUUCCCUAUCCUCCAGGAGGCACUUCGUCCAAACCUUCACCAGCACUCAGCACUUUCAAUCCCCACUUACAAGGUUCACCCAUGCAUUCGACACCAAACCAGUGCAAUCACAUGUCCCCCGGACCUGCUGAAGGGGUCAUUGUACAUAGUGAGAUGGACGGACACCUCGUCUGACAAAGUACCUCUGUUUAACUUGGAGCUCUACCAAGUGCCCUGUAUAUUAAUUAUAUCCUAUUAGGUUCGAAAGAAUCUACAAAACUGGAUGUUAUCGGUCGAUGACCAAUGGACUAAGGCCUAGCUGGAUGUUGAAAAGGCAACUACAUGCAACAGCAAGCUGGUGUAUCCACGAAGGGCAGCUGCUUCUGCAAAUCUCCUUGGCUUCUUAAUUUACGGCCGUGAGAUAUCUUUUCGUCUUUUUAAUACUUUAGCAGUGAAACAGGAUUUAGGACAGGUCCUGGGGACACUCCAUAGAACCUUCAUCCAAGUGGAUACGAUUUUCACCUGCUGUACCACACUGCGUACUGUAUUUGCUUCUCAUAUAUUAUUCAACGUGUAUAGGAGAAAGUCGUGACCCAUUUGUCCCGUAUUUCAUCACUCAUACCUACAAGUGAAAACUUUCUCUUAUUGUGUCUUUUUAAUUAAGGCUCAACAGACCUUACCUAAGGCCUAUGUGUUUAUCAUAUUUGUGAACUGGAGGAUAUUGCAUAUUAGUGAGCUGAGUGGCCCUGUCUUGUGGAUAUCUAUCCUGCCACUGAUGAGCUUUUAUUGAAACGAUUUUGUGGUGCUCAAAUUUUGUACUCGUGCUUCGAAGAACUCUUUUGUGUGCCUUAUCUUCAAAUGUUUUUACUCGGUGAAUACUCAUUCGGAUAACUGGAACCGUGUGAAAGAACCUCUGCAACUAAAGUAAUUUAUGCUUAUUAUUUAGUUUUGAGAAUACGUUAUGAAAAGAGUUAAAUAUAAAUUAUCUAUAAUAUAAGCAAUAAUCGAAGUUUCAAAUUCACUGCAUAUCUUUGGUGAUAUAAUUAUGUUGCACAGAUCCAUGAAUUGUGCAAAUUGUAAAAAUACCGUCUUUGAAGCGAAACGAUUAUUUCGUUUUAGCUUACAUGUAAAAUUAAUUUUCUGCUUUAAAAGUUGCAUAGUAUUUAUAGCAUGAAAGGUCAUGUUGUAUUUAUAGCAUGAAAUAUAUUGGCUGAUGCAAUUAAUUUGAAAUGUUAAGGUAAUUACUGAUCAAUUAAUUUCUAGAAUAAAGUUUUUGAAUGAUUUAUAUCCAGUACUUUUAGUAAGAGAAAAGCUUUAAUUAAAAUUAAUUAAUCAAUUAUAUGACAUUUUAAGGAAACUUAUUAAGGAAAUAAUUUCAUUUUGAAUUUAAUAUUUGGCCAGUUAAUUUCCGACAUUUAUCACGGUGAUUAUAUUUAUUUUGAAAGAACAUUUUGAUGUUAAAUUAUUGUUAUUUAUUUGAUGAUUAUGAUCGUCGCUCAUACAGCAUUUCUUACUUUAUAAAUUAAUAUGUUAUGUUUGCAAAAAUAUGUGAAGCCAUAUGUUAGAUAUUUGUUACUUCUAAAACGCACGCGGUUAGAAUAAUUUGAUAAGGGUUUGAUCUCAUUUAUAAUAACCCUAUAGUGUCUCAGGAAAAUAAAAAAUUAAAAAAAAUACCUUUUGUUCAAUGGGAUUAUUUGCAUAUUUUAAGCAACCAAAUUUUGAAUUCUCUUAAAAUUUUGGAGAUAAUUAAUGACAUUUGUGUAGCAUUUCUCAUUUCCAAAAUACUUUUAUAACUUUGAAAAAAAAUUGCAUAUAAUACUAGAAAAUGUUUGCUUGAAUUAUACAACAAACUGUUAUUCUUUAGUACAACGUAUAUUCUCUUCGAUGUUCAGUUGAAAAUGGGUACUUUUUCUGACACGUUGAAAUUCUUUUCUAUAUCUGCAUCUCCAUUAGUAAUGGUGUACUCCAAAUUAUUUUUAUGAGAUUAAAGUUUGUCACAGGAUCAAUAAAUUAGAAGUAAAACAACAUUUAGUGUGUUAGAAUAAAGAAUAAAUUUUUAAUUCUAAUUUAUGCAACUAUUGUGUGCUUUUUCAAUGCAAAGUAUGUGUAAUUUAUAAUUAUUUAUUUAUAUUUCGUUGUCAGAAGCACAAUCAUUAUAAUUGUAAAGUUAGUUUUGAUAAAGUUUAAGACAAUGCUGUUUAAGAUAAAUACGUUUAAGUUUCUCUUCCAGUCAAAAUUAAGUAUAAUAAUGGAAACUUAUUAAUUUGAGCAGUAAAAAUAUCCUACCAUGUAUGUUCAAAACGUUUCUGUAUGUGAUGCACAAAUAUUAUAAAAAAUACAAAUUUUUUAAGUGCGUCAAAUUUAAUUUUCAAAAUUCAUGUUACUUUAUUCAAAGAACCAUUAUUUUGGAAAACUUUGGAAAAAAAAAAAUCUUCCCAAACUUUCAAAUUUUAUCUUAUUUUUCUCAAAUUUUAUCUUAUUUCUCUUCAAACCUUUAUCUUAUCUGUCCUCAAAGUUUAUCUUAUUUUUAAUCAGAAAUUAUUGAUAAUUUUUCAUAAUUUCGGUUGCUUAAAAAUUUGCAAUAUUCCCUUCAUUAAAAUAAUUUCGUUGUCUGAAAUGUAUAUUUGCAUUAUAUUUAGUUAUUAACGUUUCAAGGACUAUAUCAUUCAGUAGUUUUACCUACUUUCUGAAAGAGCAAAUGAUUUGAAGCGGCAGUAAGAGAAAAAUGUACAGAAGUUGAGUUUAGAAUGCAUUGCUAAUAUUUGCUAAAAUAUUAGCAAUGCAUUCUAAACUCAAUUUCUGUACAUAAAAUUGUUAAUAUUUUAGCACGUUAAGCUUUGGCAAUUUCUUGAUUAACCUUGAAAUCGCUAUAAAAAUAUUUCUCACAGCCUUGAGAAGAGCAAAGGAAGGCAUUUAUUUCUAUAGCAUAUCCGUAUCAAGAAAAGUUAAAAAAAGAAACGUUUAUAUGUUGUGCAUAAAAAAACAUAUUACUUUACUCAAGGAAAUGUACAGAGUAAUCAUCGCCUGUUUUUAAAUACACACAGCAGCUUUUGUGCCACCUUUAUUUAUGACUAAUUGUUAUUAACAAAUCACGUUUCACAGAUCAUAAUCCAAGGAUUUCAUAACAUUCACCUAACAGAAAGUGGUAGCCUACUAAUAUAAAAUUCUCAUGUACAGCAUGUAAAUAAUGAUGAUAUUUAUGAGAAUCACUGUAUCACAAAAGUUCAUUAAUUUUCCAUGGCCGAUCAUUUGGUUUUGAUUAACAGUUUCUUAUAUGAAUAUAAAUGCAAAAAUAGGCGACGAAAUUGUAUGUUGCUUACCACUGCCAUCAGCUGAAGUAAUGUAGUAGUUGUGAAUUCUAGAAUUCUGAAGUUACUUCUUGAAGUAAGUUGUUUGCUCGAUAAAAAUUCCUAACUGAUUGGUCAUUUUAGUAUUAAGCUUGGUACUAUAUACUACAGUACGUAUUUUUUGUUGUUGAAAUACUAAAUCCUCUUUUAUGUUAUUUUUGUAUGUCUUACAAAAUUUAUCUUUGUUAUGCGGUUUAUUUUUGUAUGUCUCAUCUACCGCCCCCCCCUUCCCCGGCUUUAUAAACCUUUCGGUAGAUAUGUAUGAGAGAUUACAUGAACUAAAAGUUUUAAAAAUGAACAAAACAAAGUCUCGUAAAAGGAGGGCUAUAAUUAAUUAGCCUUUAAAUAACUAUGCAGGGUUUAAAAUUACCAAAAGACCUAUUUAAAUUACACAAAAUACACAUGAAGCUUGUAAGUAUAUAGCAUGUAAAUAUGGAUCACAUUUUACAACAGAAUUAUGAUCUAUGUGCAUGAAUAUGUGCGUAUGCUUUCGUAAUUUUAAUAUGGAACUUGGAUAUAAAUAGAAAGUUAAAUCAGUUUUGUUGUAUUCUGUUUAACGCUUUAAAAUACCGCUUCCUCGGCAUUAUUUCUUCAACCUUCCAUUAGGCACUUUGUAGAUCUUAAACUUUUAACAAAUGAUUACAGAAUACCCCAGUAUAUUUCCUAUUAUUUCAUAUUAUGAUGCUUAACGUGUUAAAGUAUGUACAACUGCCUGAGUGAAUUUAUUUUUAAGUAUUCAUUAGUGAGUUACUGUAUUGUUUAGAGAUUUUUUUGUUUUGAUUUUAUAUUAUGUAAAUAUUUUAUGAAAAAUUUCGCGUAUGUUUAAUUCAUUUUUUGUACUCAUUUUCUUUAAACAUUUUUAUAUAUUUCUUAUGGCUUCAUGAAUGGAUACUAUAAUUCUUGUACGAAACCCUGUCUUUUACUUUUAUACUGUCUCAUGCUCGGUUUGUCUAGUGUUUCUAGUCGUCCUUUUCGUCCACCAAAGACUGAUUUUAAGCAUGCCGAGUUUUUUCUUUCAAACAUUUACACUUACCUCUCUCAUCACAUAGAUUGGGGAAGCAAAUAUCAUAUCAAGGUUUUUAUAGCAUAGAUUAGGUAUCUGUACGUGUGGUAAGGUCCAUAGCUAGCAUUAUUUUUAAACUUAAUUAAUCUUUCAUCUAAUUUAAAAUAUUACAAUGUUAUUCAAGAUAAUAUAAGAGGUAUAUCAUGUAAAAAAUUCAGUAAUUUGGGAUAAAUUUGACUUAAUGAUAAAUUUAUAAGUUUGCAAUAAUUUUCAUAUAGAUACCAUUCUCAAAAUUUUGCUGCAGAAUAAGAUAUAAGCAAUAUUUAAUCUUAGAUAAAAAGUAUAAUAAAAAAUAGAAUUGCAAAAGGUAUAUUUUGUAAAGCUUUCUGUCAAACUGUUAAAAUUGUUACGUUUUAUCAGUUGAGCAUUUUAAAUGAGAGAAUUGUUGUCCGAGACUCUCCGAAUAUGCCGUAGUUGGGUUAAUUAGAUAAGUAGUUUCGAGUUUAUUCCUUACUAAAGAUGCACAAUUUGUGGUAACUCUGGAGACAAUAAUGACAUUUUCCAUUUUCUUGUUGUUUAUUGUAACAUUUUUUUUUACAAAAAUGAAGAAAGUUGAAUUAAUUAUACUUAUCUCUUAUCGUUAAAAAAAUUUAUAUAAAGUUUUAUCUUUACUGAACACACCUUUUGUUAUGAAAUUCACUGAAAACGCUUUGCUUUUAAUUGCAUAGCGAUAAUUUAAAACAUUUUUAUCUUUAUUCGUAAUAAAAACGUAUCUGCUUUGAUUAAUUAUACUCGUGAAUACUCACUGAAAAUACCUGGAACUGGUUUUCAGUUCUAAAAAUAUAUAGUUUAUAAGAGCUACAUGACCAGUUUUAUGCAUAGUGUUCUGUUGCACUAAUCAUUUUGUAGCUGUUUCUAAAAAUUUAAAGCUUUAGUAUUUGAUCUGCCUGGAUUAUUAGUAUUAAAAUUGCUUUAAUUUUACGCGUUCAUUUUGAACAGAUUGUAAAUUCUCGUUAUCAUUUUAAAUCUGAUAUUUGAGAUCAUCAUUAGUAUUUAAACAGUCAUAAUUUAGAUUGUAGAACAUUACGAUUUACAGUAUCACAGUGUUCGGAUAACAGCUAACCAUUCGGAUAACAGUUCGAGAAUUCAGAGUUCAGUCGUAAUCCUUUAAAUUUAGUUUUCAUUUAUACCGUACUUUUAUGAGCUCCAAUGGUCAAGAUUAUGUCAUGCACUUUAUUUUUAUCUGUAAGUAUUUUUUUACAUCUACAAGUUGUUGAACCUGAACAAUUAAGAAUAAUAAGAAAAAAAAACCUGGUAUUUAUCAAGAAAAAUUAACAUUUUUAGAGUACUUUUAUUUCAAUAAAUAUUAAAACAUCAAAUAAAUAGUGAAUAAUUUUAUGUACUACAUUUUCUUUUGAAUUUUCGACGUAUAUACAUGCUAAUGAAACUUAACUAACAUAUAAUUAAAUGCCUUAUAACAUAUAAUUAAAUUAUAAAUCUAAUGAUGCAGGUAGAAGUGUGUUUUAUUUAGAAAUUGAUAACUUUUUUAUUAAAGAGCAUAAAUUUGGAUCCGAAAUUUUCGAAAUAAAGUAUUCACUGUUCGAAGUAUUAAAAAUAUAGUAUAAACUGCUUAAAUUAAGUGAAAUAUUAAUUUGUAAAAUAUUAAUUACUUGUUUUGUGUGAACAUUUGGAAUUAAGUGAAGAACCUUAAUAAGAAUUAUGAAAAUGAUUUGAAUUGCGUGAGAAACUUUUUUGGCUUUUAUUUUACUUUCGCAACUUGUAAUAUUGUAUAUUAGAAAUAUUCCUGGAGGUUAUAGCGAUGUCUUUUGUUAAAAUAAUUCGUUAUUAAAAAUUUCGUGUUUACAUGAUUUAUGGUUCUUAUACUUGUAUAGUGGGAGGCAAUCUGCAAAGUGAGAAUUUUUGUACGCACUCUAAAAUACUCGUGUUUCAUUUGUCAGAGAAAAAAAAAUAUCGUUUUUAUGAAUUCGUAUUUAAAAUUAAAUGAUAAAAGUAAUACGUUAUAUUUACUAUAAACUAUUUAAACCUUGGUUUGAUAUCGAUGUCACCUUUCCUACAAAUAUUUAAAAAUUGCUUCUUAUGUCGAAUUACUUAUUGAAACCUUUAUGAUAUAUAAAACAAAUUAUGUACCUCAAAUGAGUCUAAAAUACACUUAUUUCUGACACUGCUUAGUACGUGAUGUCUCUUGUGUGAACAAAUAUAAUAUUACGUGAAGGUUCAGAACAUUCACUUCAUUAAAGCAGUCAGGAUUUCCAAGAAGAAUGCAUCCUCAAUUAUUAUUAUUGUAGUUCAUCUGUUACGUAGAAAAACUGAUUUUAUGUUCCUUUUAAGUAGUGUUACUGUGAAUUACGCUUUUGCAGUUUUGCGUGUUUUGUUGAUUUUGUUUCCAUCAAGAUUUUUCAUUGCUGUUGCAUAGAAAUGUUGUUCAUACUGAUGGCCUACUACAAUUACAUUUUCAAAUUGUUAUUUAUAAAACCUAAUUAGAAUGUCAUGUGAUCAAUAGUUUUUCUAUUGACAUCAGAAACAUACAUGUGCAGAACAAUAAAAAAAUUGAAUUAUCUACUUUAAAAAUCAUUGAAUGAAACUUCAAAAUUCAUUAUUCGGUUUUUAUAGCUUGCGUAUAAGAAUUCUUCAAUCAAACAGUAUCUACAUUAUUAUUUGAAAUAAUAAUUGAAAAUUAUUUUGUAGUUGGCCAUGUUUCACUUAUCAUAAUGCUGUCAAAUAUGUACUUCAUGUUGUUUUCUUUAAUCUUAAGAUACCAUCUUCAUUAAUUUUGAUAUAACAUGUAAAAGCAAAAAAGAGAACAUUUUGAAAGAGCUCUGUGUAUGACUUUAUGAGCGAUAUGAAAUAAACUUGUAUAUAAAACGUG